UCAGUUAAAUUGCGAGAUCCGACAUAGCGUGCUUUGCAUUGCAUCAUUCAAAUGUUUUGUGCGUGCAGACAUGACAUAAAACUAGGCAAAGAGCAGCUUCCACUUCCCAAUUAUUUAGUCAUUACGCUAUGCAACACUAGGUGCCGCUAGCACUCACCAUAAGGCCGCUGUACAGUUUUCAGAUUCGUUAGCCAGACGUCUACAAGAGGCCGCCACUUAUGCCUUUGUCAUUCAGCACGUGAUUGCUGACAGUUGAGUAUUGUCAAAAGUGUCAAGUAAUAAAUUUGAGAAUGCGGAGAAGCGCGAGUCGCCCUUUGGCUGCCGAUGCUGGUGUGAGUCGCGAGUGUCGUGUGCGUACAAUGAAAACGGCCUAAAUCGUGUGACCGUGUGGGUCCCCGUAGUAGUGUGGACAGCAGGACAUUUUUCGUACCCCCAUCAUGACCAUUGGUGUGUGACAGCUGAGGUCCUAGGUGUAUGAUGCACUCUUUAUUAAUCACUGGACGUUUGAUAUCCCGUGCUAUCUGGAACGGUCUCGCGAAUGCUUCCCAGACCGCCGACCCCAGUCUCCAGAGGAGGUCCGAGCCCUGUCUGGUGUCAGCUGUAUGCGGCUUCUCCAAAGAUAGGAAAAUCCAAAGACUGAUCAAAGGGCAAUUCGGUGACGAUGCCUGGUUCACUGCCAAAUAUAAGACCGCCGACGUUUUGGGUGUUGCGGAUGGUGUGGGAGGGUGGAGGGCAUAUGGCAUCGACCCUGGUGAAUUCUCCCUACACCUGAUGCGAACCUGUGAACGGUUGGUAAAGCUAGGCAGGUUCACCCCCACCAAUCCCUCAGAACUACUAGCCAAUAGCUAUUAUGAAUUGAUGAGUCACAAGAAAGCCAUUCUAGGCAGCAGUACGGCGUGCGUGGUGAUCCUAAACAAAGAAAACAGCACCCUGUACACCGCUAACAUCGGCGACAGCGGGUACAUGGUGGUACGACGUGGCCGGAUAGUACGCAAAUCGGAGGAGCAACAGCACUACUUCAACACGCCCUUCCAGCUCUCGCUGCCGCCUCCCGGGGCGCGCAGGGACGUACUCAGCGACAGGCCGGACGCGGCCGCGCAGGAUAACAUCCCCGUUGAAGACGGGGAUGUCAUCCUGGUAGCGACUGAUGGGGUGUUCGAUAACCUGCCGCAUAAUGUUAUACUCAACGAGCUGCUCAAGGUGCAAGGCGAGAGGUGCGCGAGUAGACUGCAAAUGGUAGCGAAUUCGAUAGCGUGGAUGGCAAGGAAUCUCUCUUUCGACGAGACCUUCAUAUCACCGUUCGCCGAGAGCGCGUUCGCCAAUGGUAUUAAUACAAUAGGUGGAAAACCGGACGACAUAACAGUCAUCCUGGCGACGGUAGCUAUAUGAGGAAGUCAUUGGGAUAAAAGUAUGGUGUACCAAGGAAAUGAGGUCUCGUUCGACAAAACACAAGUGACGUCGAUUUUGGUAGUUAGUGAAAAUAACAUCAAAAUAUGAAAUAAAAAAAAUACAUUACGAUGCUCGUCAAACCGAAACGUCAUUUUAUGGCGUGCACGCCAGUUGUGAUUUUCUCCAUUUAGCGUUGGUAUUUAUUUAUUAGACUGUUUCAGCAAGCGAACACUGGUGCUCUAGUUACAUUUUGCGAUGGUCGAUCGAAGAAUAUAUUGUCGAACACUCGGAAAGAGCGAGGUAAUUGCAAAGAAAAAUCGAUUCAGAAAUACUGAUUACCGUCAUUACAUAUCGAGGGCUAAGUCCAAUUUUACUAAAAAAAAGCGCUUAGGUCACAAAUUCAAUGAAUCAGAAGGCGUCUUUGAAGUGAUGGAUCUAAUGAAUAUGCUCGAUUUCCGUUUGUGUAAGGUGUGCCCCUAAUUCCCAGAUUAAAUCAAGAAAUACGUCAUAAGCCAUUUGGUUGAGCUAAAAAAGCCUAUUUUUGCGUCCGGAUGCCAACUUAGCAGCCAUGGCCAUAGAAUGCAUCAUUGAUAAAGAAAGACGCAUGGACAUCUGAUACAAUAUUUGACAGCAAUUAUAUCAUACUGUGUCUCACUGCUGCUGUGAAAAAUCUGCUUGGUAAGUUCUUUGAGAUAACACUACAGAAUGCUUAUUCUUCAACAUCGAGUAAAUAUUCAAUUUCUCUCACCACCGUGUGAAAAACCCUGUUCCUUGAGCCAGCCCUGUUAACAGGGAGCUCUCGUGCCAUCUACCGGGCAGUAGGACGACCUCGGCGCGGUUGCGGAGUCGGCCUACGGUCCAGUAGAGUCAGAGAUAAACCCUUCUAGAGAUGGGAAAACUCCAAUACUAAAAUAAGUUACCGUAUUUCUGCGACCUCUGGUGGAUUGGCCGCACACCAGUGCUGAAUAAUGGGCCUUUCCAUCUUAAUAGGACAAACCUAAUGGGGCUUUUUACAUUCUGUUAAUAAAUCGUCUUACGUAACAAAAACACUCCAAAUGGGUUAAUUUCCACUUUCUUAGUCAUUAAUACAUGACGCGCAUUUCGACACACAGUGUCUUUCUCCAAUGCUGGGAUGAGUCGCGCGUCACGUAUUAAUGACUAAUAUAGCAGAAAUUAAACCAUUCGGAGUGUUUUUAUUACAUAAAAUGGCUUGUGGAAAAUCUUUCUAGGGGAUGCGAAGGGAGGAAUUAAAAUUCAAGAAAUAAUUAUAGUCAUUUUAUGGUCAAUCAUUCAUAUACAAAUUAUAUCACUUUUUCUCACAAAGCUAAAUAUAAUAAUAAUAAUGUCUUUAGAAAUCCAUCCACACUACGAGGCGAAGUUUAUUCAGCUGGCUACUCUACCACUUAACCUCACAGCGCAGAAACACAUAUAAAAAAAAGAUAUAACAAUGAAUAGCAAUCGACUAACUACUAUAUACAAUAAUUAAGGCUUAAAUAGAGUAAUCUAAAGAUGUUAUCAAUACUACAUGGCCCGCUCUAACAAAAAAAAAAGAAAUAUAUAUCAGCUAGCUUGGCUAGCAGACCCCAGACGAUGGUUCUUAAUGGCUCUCUUGAAUGCAAGUAUUCCCACAUAUUGUGCAGAUAACUUUUAGCCCAGCUUGCUGACACCUUGUUAUUAUUUUCGUCAAUAACCUUACUAAUAUUACACUUUUUGUAGAGGAUCUACAAAAUGUGUAUGCUAGAGGUUGCUUCCAAUUUUUAACAAGCCCUCUAACCAUAAAAACUAAUGCAUGAUCUGCAAUAACUGCAUUUCUUUGUUCAUCAUCAUUUGUUUCAAAGCCCUCAAAUUCUUUGCUUGCAACAUUUAAAUGUAUAUGGGGGUCCAGACUCAUUUCAUCAAACAUUACAGCACAAUACUUGCUGCUUUCAUCUAAGCCAGAAACAACUUCUGCAAGAUUAUUAAAAAUCACAUCAUUUACACCUGGAUUGAUGGGAAUCCGGUUUAAUAGCUGCAUUAUUGUUUUUUUUUGAGGGCAUAGCAAAUAUUUUUGAUAAUGCUCGAUAUCCCCUACCACUUUGUUUAUGAAGUAUAAGUCCCAUCAAUUUCUUCUAGGCUAUAUCUCCGUCCCUGUGAUUUACUACCAGCCAGUGUGAUCUGGCUUUUGAUAAAAGUAGCUACAGUACUGUCCAAAUGCUGCAAUGCCUCAUUUAAUACUUCUCUUGUACUUCUGGUACUUCUAAUCAACCUCCUUGUACAUCUUAGUCUUCUAUUAGCUCUACAGAGGUGACUGGCUAUCUUAUAUAGCUUCUUAGCUUUUGGACUUAAGUGGGUUUCUCUGGUUACAUGUAACUUAUGCAAUAAUCCAGAUUCUAUUCUUGAGGAACCUUGAAAUAAAGAAUGAAAUUGAUAUUAUAUUACAUAUAUGUUCAGAAUCCAUUACAACUGUAUUUUUACAAGACAAUAAAUUCAAUAAAAUGUUCCAUUUCUAAUUAUAAAUGCAAGUGAUUGAUAGUCAAAGUUGACCAAACUUCGUUUAAAGUUUAUAUUAUGCUGAUGUGAUUUGAAAUUAAAAUUAUUAUUAUUAGUAGGUAUUGUUAUGUAUAGAAAACAAUUUUGUUUUCAAACUUUCACAAUUUUGAAGAACUUCUAGUAAGAUUUGCUUUUUUUGGAAAACAAUGUUUCCCUUGGUAUAAUAGGCUAAGAGAUUCAUGCAAAAUUACUUUACUCACUUGCUUCUGAAUAAUGCUCCUCAAUGGGUUCCAGUGUAGUUACAUCAAGAUUUCCUGGUUGUGAAGUUGUAACUGAGCAAACUUCUCCCAACUGUUGAUAUGAUGCUGAAGUUGAUGGUUUUCCUGUAACCACACAAUUUACACUAUCAAAAAAAAAAAAAUUACAUGAUCAAUUUUAUAAUGUUUCAUACAGUUACUGUGCUAUCAUCAAUAAACUGUUUUGGAGCGCAUUCUGGGAAUGAUUGAAACAACUACCAAUGAGAUGUUUGCAGUUAAGAUAAUGUGAUCUCUAAUUUUCCUGUAUAAAUAUUCACCUUAUAACAUUCCCAGUGUUAACUGGAGCUCAGUCUAACUUAUUCCGAAUCACUUGUACUAAACACUGUUGAAAGUCACAACUUAUAACAGUUUCCAAAAAGCUGAAUAUAUGUAAUUGAAGUUGAGAUAUGUAAAAUUGGGUGAUACUAAAAAUUAAACAAACCAACAUACCAAGCAUUUCAUCAGUUGCGUUGGAUAUUUGUUGAUCAGGAAGAUUUAGUGAUGGCACAGCAUCCUUCCUAAAUCUGUUGUUACCAUAAUUGUCUUCCAGUGUGAAGUGUGCAUGACACACUCUAUAUCUAUUAUAAACAGUUAUGGGGUCUAUAUCUCUCACUGCUUCAUUACCAAUACAAUCCACCCAUUGCACAAAAACAUACAUAAAUUUCGUCGGGUUUGGAAAUCUAUGUCGUACUGAAACACUGUCCUGACAGCCUCUAACUGCGCAUUUGCGGUACCGAGACAUGGUUUCUGAAAAACAACAUUCAGUUACAAAAAUAUGUUCAAGUUAAAUGACUCAAGGAAACAGAAAUGUUGCUAGACAUGACAACAUAAACAAAAUCAAAUUUAACUUUUGCAGUUGUAAUAAUGUAGUAAUACUGUAAUGAUACAAUAUUAAAAUUGAAGAUUUUAGCAAACAUAUUUAGAUAAGCAGGGCCGUUGAGAAAUAAGCUCGGGCUCCUAUGCCCAAAAAUUCCUCGAGCCCCCAUGCCGAAAUAUUCUCGGGCCCCUAUCUUGACAUAAGCGAACCUAAGGACGUCAAUCCAUCAGUUCAGUAAGCGAGCCUCGUGCUCCCCUCAGCGCCGAGCUACGAGCUCCUCUCUUGUCGACGGCCCUGAAGUUUUGUACCCAUCAACUUUGCCUAUAUAACUAGAUUAUAUCACUAUACUUACAUGCUGCAAUAAACAAGCGCUGUAAUCACUCAAAUUUAACCACACAUAAACAAAAAAUAAAAGUAUUUAACGGUCCAAAUACAAAGAAGGAAGCAGUGACAGCUGUCAAAUAUCAGCUUCCAAUUCCGACAAACGACAACAGCGAUACCAGCGGCAUCCAACGGAUUGAUCACCAACUAAAAACACUGUUCCAAUUCAUCCCAUAAGAGUGAAUACCCCCUGAGUAGAGUGCGCGAUGUUAACAUGAGCAUUAGUCAAAUUCAUUAGAUCCAUUAUUUCAAAAAUGCCGUCUCAUUGAAAUCAUCACCGAUGGAUUUACCGUACCCAAUUUGGUGGUCACGAAAAAAAAUGUAUGUCAAGUUUUAUCCCAGAAUCAAGAUUAGGGUUGAGAAACAAUUUUUGGACAUGAAAGCACAUCAAGUAUGGUAAAUAAAAGGGUAAUGAUUCCACAGAAAUUUUAGUUAAUGUUUAUUGACACUAAGCCGUCGAUAUUAGACCCAGAUUUCGUCACACUAUUUGUCUCCAUAAAGCAAGUGUCAAAUCAAGUUUGUAUCAGUUCCAUAAUGAAAAAUUGCAUUAAAUUAUGGUCUUACAUCUGUUGAGUAGAUUACAUGUCACUUGUGGAAUCCUUGCUUUGCAAUAUAACGAAAAUUUAAUAUACCGUUGAAAUAAACCAAAGUGUCCAUUGAAACGUACACAACAAAAUAUCAACCAUUUUGUUUUUCUUCGUAUUUGUCGAACGUCCCUCGUGAUUUUCGUAAGCUUUAACGUAGUACUUGUAGGUUAAAAAAUGUCAACUCGCCUGCUGAAACAUUGUCCAUCUAUUUACUGUAUAGUAGUGAAAUGUGAAUAUACAAACGAAACGAUACGUUUUUCGAAGUAGCCGAGAUCGAGAAAGAGCUUGACUGUUACGCCAGAGUUACAUUCGCGUACCAGGUGAUUUAUAUUUCCAAGGAAAUGUACGCAUUCAGGGAUUGAUAGCACUGUAGCUACAGUGCUGAUCCUCCCUGAAUGUGCGUCACUUAUAUUCUUUCGUUCUUAUGGAAAAUGCCUGAUACGAAAUAAUGAAAAAUGAAUUGUAAAAUAUAAAUCUUGCAGGGACGUAACUACCUUUUGAAAUUGUUUUACACUUGGUUUAGUUAUUAUGAAAUAAUCAAUAUCUGAGCAAUACGCUCUAGCUGAGAGUUUACGUGUUGCAACCCAUAAAAGUGUUUUCUGUUGAAAUAAUGACUGGCCAAUUAAAUCAAAAAUUACUUGGUGCACGAACUCGUAACUCAGUUCAAUGUUUCUCGAGGCAAUUCUUAGCUCUUAUCGAUCUUGACACGUUUACACAGAAACAGCAAGAUAUCUUGAUAUUCCGAAGGCUUCAACCGUUGCUAGUCGCUCCAAAAAUAGGUAGAAGUAUGUGUACUGGUUAUUUUGUAGAUGGCCCAAUCAUUUUUUUGUUUUGCGUGCGAAAAGGAACGUCAGAAAUGUGUUACCUUGAAAUGGAAAAAAACUAUUUUUUGAAGUUGUUUGACUUUUUGUAUACUUUGACAGACAAUGGCUACUGUAGGUACUAGAUUUUAGUGAUAGGCAUUGAGAAAAGAGCUUUGUGAUUAUGCCGAUUACUAAUAAAAUCUAGUAAGAUCUAUUCAAAGCAUCAUAUUACACUUUGUCACUGCAUCAACAGAGAUUUGAUACUGUAGCCAGUGACUUUUACAGUUGAUUAAUGUAUUCUACCUGAAGUUAGCUGAUCGUAUACUGUAUUCCAGCGUCAUCCAUGGGACAGUAGCAAAACACAACAAUAAAUUUAGAAAUCCACGAAAUUUCCCACGCCUUUUUUUAUAAACAAGACGAAAUGGCAGUGUGAUUCCUCUUUCUUUUUUUUUUGAAAUUAAUCAAUGGACGAAUAAAUAAAACACUAUAAAUCAAAUCUAAGGCUCAGCCAAUGCAAAACAGUAGUCAGUGGCGUGCAAACUAGGCCCUAGCUGAAUAAAGCGGAGAGUAGGGGGCUUAAGACCGCCAGUGACUUGAGACGGAUUAAACCACAAAUACCCGAGGAACUUGUUUUGCUUGACCACAACCAAAAGAAAAUAAUCUAACAGCAAUGACGUAACCAGAGCCAAAUAAAACAAGUUAUUAAAAAAAAUCACAAUAUAUUACCUCAGCAAACAGCACAAAUGCUCCACCACUGGAGUGCAAAACCCUGAUGUGAACAGGGUCUUUUUUGCUAAGGGGACGGGCUUCUGGCAAUAUCAGCUGCAAAACAGCUACCGGCAAAGCUGGAGGAGUGUGUGGUGAUUCUCCACAAUGCCCCCACGCUCAAGAUUAAAAUCCCUUUAGAAAAUGGAUGGGGUAGCACCCAAACCAAAACAAUUAAACGUAAGGUUCUAUAUGAAGGGGUACUACUCCACAAACUGGUGAUCAGCACCUAAUAUCCCAGAAUCUGGAGGUUAAAGAAAUGGCGCUCACACCACAAUCUCAGGAGAAACGUGAAGUAACGGAGAAAAACCGUUUUGGUUCUACUGCGAUCUCACAGAUGGCACUAGGAUCUUUAUUCCCUUUUUGGCAUCUUUCGUACCUAUUUUAAUUGCGUUAAUCAAUGCUUUUACACCAUUUCGUAGAAAAUUGUCUUUAUCAUUCGAUAACACAUUUUUGGCAUUGCUGAACACAAUGUUUUUUUUGUAUUGGUAUUUUGGGAAGCAAGAGCACUGAGCAUAUUGGCCUUACUAGCAAAUAAUUAGGAAGAUCGUCGGAAUAAAUUCGAGUUGUGAUGUAGCCCUUGUAGUUUUUUUGCUUUGAGGCUUCCCAAGCAGAUUUAUCUGUCGGCGAAUAAUAGUUUUAUUUUUUUCUGUGAAGAGAAGUGCUGCUUCUUACAAGCACUCACUAUGUUUAGUUUUGUACUUUUAGAGGGACAGACAUCUUUGUGACAUGUCUUUUCAGUUAUUCGAGAUUCUCAAAUCUGUACAUACGUAAAGAAGCAUUCUAACGGCAUAGAGCAAGCGCCACCUAUUGUAAUUUUUAAGCACUUCUGCACAGCCUGUCAAACUCAGUUGUAAAAUGAGCAUGCGCAAACUUAUGAGGAAAUCUGCAUGCACAUUUUGACAACUGUGUAAUGACUGUAUACUACGUAAGUGAAGGAUUGAAAAAGUGGUAUUUUAGAAAUUUGGCAUAAAAUUUGAGAUCAAAUUUUACAGCAACCUCAUAUCGUGUUAUGCACCUAUAAGUUCUCGUUUGACUGUUUUUUUUUUAUAAAGAUUAUUGACUUUCGAAUAAUGUACAUUUGACAGUUGUCUGUCCCGACAACGUUUCCUAAUGUUGUGAUUUUGUUCUGUGACCAAGUCAAUAUAAAAAUGUAUUCGGGAUUCCGUUUACCAGAGGCACCGUUUGUUGAUCCUUCAGUAGGUGAUUCCUAGACCUAAUAUUUAGGUUAUUUGUUUUGAAAAACCAUAUGGUGCGUCUAAGGAUUAUACUCAAAACACUUGUUUCAUUGCAUCUGUGAACGCCUUUUAGUUACAUUGAAUAGUUGUUAUUAAUAAAGAACUUUUGUUUUA